AUGCCAGGAGGUGUGGGUGGUGGUGCGGGAGGCAUGACCGGCUACGGGGGAGGUUUGGGUGGUGCCGCGGCUCCGGGAAGUGGUGGUGGUGGUUCGGGCGGUUUCGGUCCGGGUGGUGCUGGUGCGGGUGCUCCUGGGGGCGGUGCGGCUGGUGCGGGUGGCCCUCCGGGCGUGGGUUCGAUUCCUGCUGGCGGCGCCGGCGCGGGCUCGGGUUUCCCUGCGGGCGCAGCACCCCCGGGCGCGCAGGGGAUGGGCGGAAUGGGCGCAGCGGACGCGGCUGCGCUCGCCAACAUGAAUCUCAUGAUGAUGGCGGGGAUGGGGGGCAUGGGCGGGAUGGGCGCAAUGGGCGCAAUGGGCGGGAUGGGGAGGAUGCAAGGAAUGGCGGGGAUGGGGGGCAUGCCGGGAAUGGGGGGGAUGGCGGGGAUGGGGGGAAUGGGCGGGAUGGGGGGCCCAGGGGGGGCGAUGAUGGGCGCGGGCGGGAUGGGGAUGAUGGGCGGGGGUCCGGGGGCGGGUAUGGGGGGGGGCGCGGGGAUGAUGGGCGGGCGCGCAGGUGUGCGGCAGAUCCCGGUGGUGAAGCUGCGCGGGCUGCCGUUCCGCGUGGAGGAGGGGGACGUGGCGGACUUCUUCGCGGGGCUCGAAAUCGUGGACAUUUUGUUCGUUCGCAAGGAGCAUCGCCUCGUGGGGGAGGCGUUUGUGCUCUUCGCCUCCACUCUCCACUCCGAGCUCGCAUUACAGGUGGGUGGGCGCGGGGUGGGCGCGGGGUGGGCGCGGGGUGGGCGCGGGGUGGGCGCGGGGUGGGCGCGGGGUGGGCGUGAGGUGGGCACAGAUGGGAACGUGGCGGACUUCUUAGCGGGCAGGUGGACCCGGGGGGGAGGGGGGAGGGGGGGAAAGGGAACAAGUGGGGGGAAGAGGGGGGAAGUGAUCGCUCUGGCUCCAGAGCGCGUGGACGUGCCCUUUGCCCCACGCUGCAUGCGGAGCAUCGCUGCAUGCGGAGCAUGCGCUGCAUGCGGAGCAUCGCUGCAUGCAGAGCAUCGCUGCAUGCGGAGCAUCGCUGCAUGCGGAGCAUCGCUGCAUGCGGAGCAUGCGCUGCAUGCGGAGCAUCGCUGCAUGCGGAGCAUCGCUGCAUGCGGAGCAUCGCUGCAUGCGGAGCAUCGCUGCAUGCGGAGCAUCGCUGCAUGCGGAGCAUCGCUGCAUGCGGAGCAUCGCUGCAUGCGGAGCAUGCGCUGCAUGCGGAGCAUCGCUGCAUGCGGAGCAUCGCUGCAUGCGGAGCAUGCGCUGCAUGCGGAGCAUCGCUGCAUGCGGAGCAUCGCUGCAUGCGGAGCAUCGCUGCAUGCGGAGCAUCGCUGCAUGCGGAGCAUCGCUGCAUGCGGAGCAUCGCUGCAUGCGGAGCAUCGCUGCAUGCGGAGCAUCGCUGCAUGCGGAGCAUCGCUGCAUGCGGAGCAUCGCUGCAUGCGGAGCAGCGCUGCAUGCGGAGCAGCGCUGCAUGCGGAGCAUGCGCUGCAUGCGGAGCAUCGCUGCAUGCGGAGCAUCGCUGCAUGCGGAGCAUCGCUGCAUGCGGAGCAUCGCUGCAUGCGGAGCAUCGCUGCAUGCGGAGCAUCGCUGCAUGCGGAGCAUCGCUGCAUGCGGAGCAUCGCUGCAUGCGGAGCAUCGUUGCAUGCGGAGCAUGCGCUGCAUGCGGAGCAUCGCUGCAUGCGGAGCAUCGCUGCAUGCGGAGCAUCGCUGCAUGCGGAGCAUCGCUGCAUGCGGAGCAUCGCUGCAUGCGGAGCAUCGCUGCAUGCGGAGCAUCGCUGCAUGCGGAGCAUCGCUGCAUGCGGAGCAGCGCUGCAUGCGGAGCAUGCGCUGCAUGCGGAGCAUCGCUGCAUGCGGAGCAUCGCUGCAUGCGGAGCAUCGCUGCAUGCGGAGCAUCGCUGCAUGCGGAGCAUCGCUGCAUGCGGAGCAUCGCUGGAUGCGGAGCAUCGCUGCAUGCGGAGCAUCGCUGCAUGCGGAGCAUCGCUGCAUGCGGAGCAUCGCUGCAUGCGGAGCAUCGCUGCAUGCGGAGCAUCGCUGCAUGCGGAGCAUCGCUGCAUGCGGAGCAUCGCUGCAUGCGGAGCAUCGCUGCAUGCGGAGCAUCGCUGCAUGCGGAGCAUCGCUGCAUGCGGAGCAUCGCUGCAUGCGGAGCAUCGCUGCAUGCGGAGCAUCGCUGCAUGCGGAGCAUCGCUGCAUGCGGAGCAUGCGCUGCAUGCGGAGCAGCGCUGCAUGCGGAGCAUCGCUGCAUGCGGAGCAUCGCUGCAUGCGGAGCAUCGCUGCAUGCGGAGCAUCGCUGCAUGCGGAGCAUCGCUGCAUGCGGAGCAUCGCUGCAUGCGGAGCAUCGCUGCAUGCGGAGCAUCGCUGCAUGCGGAGCAUCGCUGCAUGCGGAGCAUCGCUGCAUGCGGAGCAUGCGCUGCAUGCGGAGCAGCGCUGCAUGCGGAGCAUCGCUGCAUGCGGAGCAUCGCUGCAUGCGGAGCAUCGCUGCAUGCGGAGCAUGCGCUGCAUGCGGAGCAUCGCUGCAUGCGGAGCAUCGCUGCAUGCGGAGCAUCGCUGCAUGCGGAGCAUCGCUGCAUGCGGAGCAAGCGCUGCAUGCGGAGCAAGCGCUGCAUGCGGAGCAUCGCUGCAUGCGGAGCAUCGCUGCAUGCGGAGCAUCGCUGCAUGCGGAGCAUCGCUGCAUGCGGAGCAUCGCUGCAUGCGGAGCAUCGCUGCAUGCGGAGCAUGCGCUGCAUGCGGAGCAGCGCUGCAUGCGGAGCAUCGCUGCAUGCGGAGCAUCGCUGCAUGCGGAGCAUCGCUGCAUGCGGAGCAUCGCUGCAUGCGGAGCAUCGCUGCAUGCGGAGCAUCGCUGCAUGCGGAGCAUCGCUGCAUGCGGAGCAUGCGCUGCAGCGCAACAAGAUGCACAUGGGGAGGCGGUACAUCGAGGUGUUCCGGGCCAAGAAGGCGGAGUACUAUAACGCCAUUGCCAAUGAGGUGGCACAGGAUGGGGGGACCUACCAUGGCGGAGGGCAAGACGGUGCAGCAAGGGGUGCCAAGAAGGCGGAGUACUACAAUGUGAUCGCCAAUGAGGUGGCGCAGGAUGGGGGAACGUACCACGGCGGAGGGCAAGGACAUUCUCGAGUUCUUCGGGGAGUACCCUCUGGCAGACGCAGCAGUGCACAUCAUCACCAACUCGCUCCUCUUUCCUUGCUCCUCGUCCCUUCUGGCCCCCCUUCAACCCUACGCAACCCCCAUCAGGACAUAUUGGAGUUCUUUGGCGAGUACCCCUUGGCAGACGCAGCAGUGCACAUCAUCACCAACAGCAUCGGCCGCCUCACAGGGGAGGCCUUUGUGGAGUUUGGCUCCACAGACGAGGCGAGAGCAGCCAUGGGCAAGGACCGCGAGCGCAUGGGCACGAGAUACAUCGAGCUCUAUUUGUCGUCCAGGGAUGAAGCCACCAGGAUUGCCACACGCGCGAGCACCCAGAGAUGA